AGCACUGUCUGGGUGCAUUAAUGGCGGGAUCAGAAGGUAGGAGCCAGGCGGGUGGCAUCGCUCUCCUCUGACACUCAGCGUCUCUCAGUCUGGCAUUUACUCCUAUUGCCCGAAAACUAAGGCAAGAAGCUAAUGAGUACCACUUACUAUAUACAGUAAGUCAUUAACCUGCAACCUGCAUUCAGAUCGCAGUCUAUUAAGUUGAGGCUGCUAAGAUUCAUGCUUUGGGGGGUCCCUAAUGCCAAAGCAUAGCCUCUGUUUGUUUUACUUUUAUUGCCCCGGUAGCACGGUCUUUAAGAAGAGAGGGGAGAAUACAAAGGGUGUCAGGACCUACACUAGGGGACAAUCAGGACCUGCAGAGUUACUUGCAUAAAGAAGAUUGAAGCCUUCCCUCCCUCCUUCUGCCUCUCUGUAUAGGCCCCAGUACACAGCUGCGUCACUUACGGGGGAGGGGGAAGCGCAGAGGCAGAUAGAAAAUUGUACUGCGAGGACCUGGAGAGCUUCAUAAGCGCCCCCCCCCCUUUUUCUUUAUCUUUUCUUCUCUCUCUUUCUCUAAUUGGGGAGUGGGGAGGCGCAGAGGAAGCUGACUCUAUAAAGAGCUGCCCUUCUCUCUUGUUAGCCAUCUCUUGGCUCACACAGAUAACCUGCAAGCAUGGGACUCCCCUGAGAGUCAGUGGAGGAAGAGCUGGGGCACGCUGAUGGCGGGGGGCAGAGCGCUCUGGCGACUUUUCACUCGCUCUUGGUGCUCUCCCGGGCUCUGAACUCUGGGGCACUGACUGCGAGAGGAACUGGAGUCCCCAGAGGCUUAAGAGGCGGCAGAUCGCGUCCGAGCUGGGGCUCUGUUGCUCCAGUGCAUUUGAUUAGGGGUUAUCUCACUGCUGUCCGCUGCCUGCUUGCGCCUCCAACUGUGCGUGCGAGUGCGCGCACCAACCUCCCUCUCCCUCUUGGCUCUCCGAGCGCAUCUCUUCCAGAGCCUCCAGUCCCCUUUGGUCUUACCCUUCUUUCCUCUGUUCCCUCACACAUCGCGAGUCUGUGUGGAGGAGUCCUGAAUUCUCUCUUCUCUUUUCUUCAGACGUGGACUUCUAUCUAGAUUCCCAGCUCAAAAAGGCUGAGGGUCCUCUCCGGAAAGAAACGGCUGUGGAACCGCGGUCCCGCGGUAAGCGGUCCUUUCGGCAGGCUGCAGGCUCACCUCCAGUGGCCGGACAGUCAGCCUGGCAGUGGCUUUCACUCGUGGUCCGUGUCCGGAGGGGAUCGUGGUGGAACAGAUUCUUUCUUCUUCCCUUUGCUUUCUUUUACCCUAUAUCGCCCAGGGUCUCGCCCUUGCCAAUCCUACUUUGCUUUGGCUGCGGUCGGUUCUCUCCACCUCUCUCCUUUUCCCUGGAAAGCAUGUCAGGCUCCGGGAGGAAAGACUUUGAUGUGAAACACAUCUUGAGACUCCGUUGGAAACUCUUCAGUCACCCUUCCUCUUCUCCUGGCGGGCCGGCGGGGGGCAGCUGUCUCCAGCAGGACAGUAGCGGCAGCUUUGAGCAUUGGGGACCAAGCCAGAGUCGUCUUGUAAAAAGCCAGGAGAGGGGCAGCGGAGGCACCUUCUGGAAAAAGUCCUCUUCCUCAUCGUCUUCUUCCUCUUCCUCCUCUUCUUCCUCUUCCUCUUCCUCUAACCCGCUCAAUGGCACCCCGACCCCCGCUGCCACCAGAUUGCAUCAAGGAUUACCUGGUCAGAGCCAGCAGCAUUCUCCCAGGACAGUCUUCUAUGUGGAGUCCCUAGAGGAAGAGGUGGUGCCAGGCAUGGAGUUUACCAGAGAACAUGAAAAGACCUUGGUCCUUCAAGAGAUGAAAGUUGAGUCUGUGGACUCUGGCCAGGCAACAGGUGAAGGAUGUGGACACAGGCUGUCAGCAACGAGCCAUUCUCUGACACCCCAAAGUGAUAUGGACUCCAGUAGCUCUGAGGAAUUCUAUCAGGCAGUUCACCAUGCUGAACAAACCUUCCGGAAGAUGGAAAGCUACUUGAAGCAGCAACAGCUCUGUGAUGUGAUCCUGAUUGUGGGCAACCGCAAGAUUCCUGCUCAUAGGCUUGUUCUCAGUUCUGUCUCUGACUACUUUGCUGCCAUGUUUACAAGUGAUGUUUGUGAAGCCAAGCAAGAAGAAAUCAAAAUGGAAGGCAUAGAUCCUAAUGCUCUCUGGGACCUUGUACAGUUUGCAUAUACAGGUUGCCUAGAACUAAAGGAAGACACUAUUGAAAAUCUUCUUGCUGCUGCUUGUCUUCUUCAGCUUCCUCAAGUAGUAGAAGUGUGCUGUCACUUUCUCAUGAAGCUUUUACAUCCAUCAAACUGUUUGGGGAUAAGGGCAUUUGCAGAUGCUCAAGGGUGUAUUGAACUCAUGAAGGUGGCUCAUAGCUACACGAUGGAAAAUAUAAUGGAAGUUAUCAGAAAUCAAGAGUUUUUACUCCUCCCAGCCGAGGAGCUCCAUAAGCUGCUGGCCAGUGAUGAUGUGAAUGUUCCUGAUGAAGAAACCAUCUUCCAUGCCUUGAUGAUGUGGGUUAAGUAUGACACACAGAGGAGAUGCAGUGACCUAAGCAUGCUUCUUGCCUUUAUAAGACUGCCACUGCUUCCACCCCAGAUUUUGGCUGACCUUGAAAACCAUGCUUUAUUUAAAGAUGACCUAGAAUGUCAAAAACUGAUUCUGGAAGCCAUGAAGUACCAUCUAUUGCCAGAAAGAAGAACAUUAAUGCAAAGCCCAAGAACUAAACCAAGGAAAUCUACUGUUGGAACUCUAUAUGCUGUAGGGGGAAUGGACAACAACAAAGGUGCUACUACUAUUGAGAAGUAUGACCUCAGAACAAAUUUAUGGAUCCAGGCAGGAGUGAUGAAUGGCAGAAGGUUACAGUUUGGUGUGGCUGUCAUUGAUGAAAAGCUCUUUGUUAUUGGUGGUCGAGAUGGCUUAAAGACCUUGAACACAGUUGAAUGUUACAACCCCAAAACCAAGACUUGGACUGUUUUGCCUCCCAUGUCAACACACAGGCAUGGUUUAGGUGUGACAGUACUUGAAGGCCCAAUUUAUGCUGUUGGAGGUCAUGAUGGCUGGAGCUACCUGAACACAGUGGAGAGAUGGGAUCCACAAAGUCAGCAGUGGACCUUUGUUGCAAGUAUGUCAAUAGCUCGGAGUACAGUUGGUGUGGCAGCAUUAAAUGGCAAGUUAUAUUCAGUUGGAGGCCGUGAUGGAAGCUCUUGUUUGAGUUCGAUGGAAUACUACGACCCUCAUACCAAUAAAUGGAAUAUGUGUGCUCCAAUGUGUAAGAGAAGAGGAGGAGUAGGAGUGGCCACUUGUGAUGGCUUUCUGUACGCAGUAGGAGGUCAUGAUGCUCCAGCUUCAAAUCACUGUUCUCGUCUGUUAGAUUACGUGGAAAGAUAUGACCCCAAAACAGACACAUGGACCAUGGUGGCUCCUUUAAGUAUGCCUCGAGAUGCUGUUGGAGUGUGUCUUCUGGGUGACAGGUUAUAUGCAGUAGGUGGAUACGAUGGUCAGUCCUACCUGAACACUAUGGAAUCCUAUGACCCGCAAACUAAUGAAUGGACACAGAUGGCUUCCUUAAACAUUGGAAGAGCAGGUGCCUGUGUCGUAGUCAUCAAGCAACCUUGAUGUGCUUUCAUUGUUUGGAAUUUGACUCACUGCAGUGAUUAUUUUUCUAUCACAUGACAAGAAUGGUAACUUUAUAAGAACAAGAUUUUAUGAAAAUUGGGCUACUGAUGUCAAAGAAGGUGGAAGAUCAAAAAGAAUGAAAAAAAGGAAUAAGAGAACAUCGGUCUGUUUAGGGGACAAAUGUCUGGCCAUCAUGUAGUUAGCUGAGGAACUAUUGCUGGUACUUUGUUUUGUAGAAUAUAUAAUAACCAGAGAUGCCAAAAGUUGUGGAUUUUUAAAAAAUCAACUGAAAGAUGAGAAACAGGUAUUUAUCUGUGGCAUGGCUGUUUUCAAUAACUAUACAGAAUUCAUUUUUUUUUUAAAUUUCAUGUAUUUUAAGAGGAAGUCAAUUGUAGUGACAUUUCCUUGGUCAGGGUACAUUUGAAUGAAUUAUUAUUUUCCUAAUUUAAUGUGAGUUUUUGAAAGGAAGUGGGAUAAUUUCUAUUAAAAUAAAGAUGUUUGAGAGGACUUAUAGUCUUCAUUUCCCUGAAGAAUAAUGAAAAUUGAGCAGAAAGACCCAUGUUUGCCUCUUCAGCUUAGAGAACAAAACUAUUCUCCCUUCAAUCUGAAGUGCAUAUCUCACCUGCGUCGGUAGAUGUAUUUUAUUCCAGAUGCAAAUUGAAUAAACAAGAAGGAGGAACUGUUUUAGCGAGAUUUGACCACAUGAUUUUUGUUUGAUGAGAACACGCCAAAGAAUCAGAGUUUAAUAACUGACAUUUGCCUUGCAUUGAGUUCAAUGUGUGCAUGUGAGGUGUAGUCCUAGAGCUCUUCUAUGCAUGCCUUGCAUGUUAAAGGUCAGAUACUACUUAGAAAAACUAAACUAUCUGUCCUAUUAAAGUGGCCACAUCAGGGUCUUAAAGUCACAGUGUGAAAACAAACCUCUAAUUUUUUACUUCACUAGUGACUCUUUGAGACCCAGCAACACCGAGUUAUACAUUUGUAUAUCUAUUCCAAAAAUUCUUUGUGAAGAAAAGUUUGCCAAUUAAUAAAAAUUCAAGUAGCAUGGUAAUUUCUUUAAGGGGCCCAUGUAUACACUCCCAUUCAACCAAGAAAUGGUUGAAAUAAAUCUUAUUUUUCUUUGUUGCAA